AUGACCCCUCCGUGCUCAACUGCUAUUUCUGACCGAUAUGCACGUUUCUUGAAUCCUCAAUCUUCCCCUCUCCACUCAUUCCCUCCUCUCGCCACUCCUCCCCUCCCCUCUCAUCUCCUCCCCUUCCCUCUCCACUCCUCUCCUCCCCUCUCCACUCCUCCUGUCUCCUCUCCACUCCUCCCCUCUCCUCUCCACUCCUCCCCUCUCCAUUCCCCUCCUUUCCUCCCUCUCCUCAUCCCUCGCCCUCCCCUCAUCCCACCCCACACCAGGGGGCCACAGCAGCCAACCUGCUGUUGUGUCUGGCAGCCGUUUGAAGUGUGUAUGCACUUAACAGAACACGUACAUGCGUCGUGUCUGAGAAUAAUAAUAAUAAUAAUAAUAAUAAUAAUAAUAAUAAUAAUAAUAAUGAUAAUAAUAAUGAUAAUAAUAAUGAUAAUAAUAAUAAAAACAAUAAUGAUAGUAAUAAUAAUAAUAAUAAUAAUAAUAAUAGUAAUAAUAAUAAUAAUUAUAAUACUUCCCCCACUUGUGUGCCUCAACGUCCGGCCAUGCAGGUUCCACAUGGGACUAUCUCAACUCUACUUUGCCCCCUACCCCUCCUCCUGCUGCUGCUCCAUCCACUGCACCUGCUCCUUCCCCUCUCAUCCAACCUCCUGCAACCGCCCCCACUGA